GUUGUCUUCUUUAAUGAAAACAGACGAGCACCGCGAAAACGUGAAUGUGUGGAAUCAACAAACAUUGGACAAUAAAAUUCAACAAUAAUAUUACCGGUUAAUGUUCAACAAAUAAAAGCCCAAAUAAAUUGAAAUCCCUUUUACAUUUGAGUAUGGAGUGGUAUGACAUUGAAGUUGAUGGCCGGCAAACAACAAAGUUUGCGGACAACAUAAACUUGCCGUUAUUGAGGAGUCCUAGCCUAUCGCCUGGUGAAGAAGAACAUGUUGUGGAUAAAAAGCUUGGCGGCAUCAUACGCCGUGGUGAAUGGGCCUGGCUGGCCAGAAACACUGUGCUACAGAUUGUUUCCUUACGCAAUGGUCAGACAAUAAGCACUUAUGAGUUUUGUCAAUCUCGGGGCUAUGAUAAUUGUUGCAUUAGAUGUGUCGAGGAGUUGUUUCCCCACAAUCCUGAAAUCAUGAUUGUUGCUGUGAUUUUGGAGAAUUUUCACGUGCCCAGUGGAGGUGGUAGCUAUGUGGUCUUAUAUUCGAUUGAACUUGGCUGCGUUCUAAGCACCAUUGAAUUAGUUUUGCAUUCAACUUGUGCUCGUUUCUUGAGUUCCAAAGCAUGCAAGCGUACUCUUUUGCAAAAUUUCGAUGGUUGUUUGGCCAUUGGCACUGAGGAGGGUGUUAUUGUUUUGCUGGAUUUAAACAUGAAUAAAAUCAACAGAAUGGAGUGUGAAAUACAGGAUGGUGCUUUUAAUCGCAGUCAUAUUGUGGACUACAGCCUGCCAUUAACGGAUAUACAUCGUAAUUAUCGUCAGUGUCAACAGGAUGGCAUAACAUUUGGCCUACAGCUGGAGGUUAUCGAAAGUCCAUGUUCCAUACAAUGCAUACAGUCCAUAGAUUUGAUAACCGGCCUGGCAAUUGGCUUGGAAGAUGGUCGUCUGGCUCUAUACGACUUGGCCGAAUUGCAGAUAUUUCACAUAGCCAGACCAACAGCUGAAAUAGCAAUGUCACCUUUGGUUAAAAUCGAUUAUCUAGAACCACCAGAUGAUCCACGUGCUUGUCUGUAUGUAUGGACCCUACACGAGAAUGGCGAGAAUCUGCAUGCCAUCAUGCACAAUUUAAUGUAUGAGAAACGUGUAAUGGAUGAACAGCAUGAUGAACUGGAAGGCCAAUAUUAUUUUGAAUCUUUUCUUUCAAGCAAUGUGCGACUACAAUUGCCCUUGGAGGCCACCAGAAGUGAAGCUUUAGCUUGUCAAGCUAUUUCAACACUAUGCAGUCAUGGUGAAGAUGAUUCCAAUUGUUUGUGUGUUAUAUCCUGGCAUUCUGUGUAUGAAGGAAAAAAUAAAUUGCUUAUAUUCGAUUUAAAUCAAUGGUAUAAGGAGGAAAUGCCUUUGGCUUUGGAAUAUGGUCAGCAGCCCAGUUAUCUCGCAGGAUAUAUACUCAAUGGCGAGUGCAAUGGUUUACAUGCCUAUCUGCAACCAAAUUCUAUAACACAUUUUAAUUCAAUGCAAAGAUUUGAGGAACAUUUCUAUCCUAACUCCUUGAGUUUUGAAUGCACUCUAUUGCACACCGAAGGCUCUAGACGUUAUAGCUGGGAGGGAGCCCAAAAUCGAUUGAUAAAUCUUUUACGUGUCAGCAAUGCUUCCAUAUUUUUGGAACCCAAUAAUUGUUUUAAUGAGAUUUUGCGUACCCGCCUUAUGCCACAAUUUACGGAACUGAAUUUAAAUUCCACAUUUUCCCAGCAAGCCAAAUAUGAAAUAAUGCUUUCCACCGCCUUGGAAAAUAAUUGUGUGAGUCUAUUGCGUGAUUGUGCCAAAUCUUGGAUUGAUGGCAGUUUUAUGGGAGAUUUUGCUGUUUCCACCGGCCUAUCACUAUCCACCCUAACCGAUUGGAUAUGGAAAAGAGCCACCGACAUUAAGGCCAGAUGCAAUGAUCUAUGCAAAGGUCUUUUCGAAUUUGGUGGUUAUCCAUUGGAUCAUAGGGAACAAAAAGAAUUGUGUUUCAUAACCAGACAAUUGAAAUUGCUGCAUGAUCUUUUGGGAGAGACUUUGGUGGUGGCACGAAAACAAAUACCAGAAAGAGUUUAUUCUAGUUUAGAGAAUAAUCAUAAUUCCUUGCGCAUGGCUUCAAACUAUCAGGAACUACUUUUGUGGCUUUUAAAUAUUGGUCUACUACCCGAAGCGUCACCCUUCAAUAGUCAAGUGAAUGCACACCAUGAUUUGGUGCCCUACCCCUAUCAGGAUCUUAAGAAAUUCUACAAGAAGAAACGUUUGUAUUUUUCAAAAAUCAACGACAAUCUUAUAUCGAAGAAAACGGGCAGUUGCCGUUUGCUCUACAUCGAUGCCUUCAUUGAUCAUGCCUGUAAGGGGAAUGUCUUGCAUGAAUUUUGGUUGGAAAAUGAUGGCGAUGGUCUCUAUCCUCCCAAUUCCAUAGAGGCCAUGCUUAGGGUAAUGUUGGUACCCGAUUUGGAUUAUGAAAACAAAUACGCAAUUUUGCUGUAUUUCUUUUUGGACAUGAACAUGGCUAUUGAUGAGGAAGCCUAUAAGGGUGUGGUUGCGAAUUUCAUUAAAUUCCCCAGUGUAUUUAAACUUUCGGCGGCUUUGAUCAAAACGGUGCAAUCAUUUUGGAAUUUAGAUCAUGAUCAAUUUUUGCCCGCUGUUGAAGAGUUCAUAUCACCAUUUAAUAAAAAUCAAUCCUAUCCCCAAUGGCUUGUGGAAUUACUGAUAGAAUCGCUGCUUACACAAAAUUCUGCCAACUUGGCUCUCCGCAUAUUAGAAUCGCAGCCUGCUUUAAUCGCGCCCAUGCUUAAACUGAAAACUUUAUUGGCCAAUCAACUUAUUUCGGAAGCUUUUCAUUUUGUGCGCUCAAAAAAUGACGAAUCAUUGCUGGAGAUAUUUUUCACCUGCUGUUUGCACAGUGGGCAAUUUGGUGUUAUACGAGAUUUGGCCCUCAGUGAAAAUGAGGGCAUGAUAUUACAAAAUAUAUUGAAGCGAAGCAAAGCUCCCGGAGCUGAAAGUUUGCAUUUUGUCUAUCUGUUGCAAAAAUCGAAAUACAUAGAAGCAGUCUCGUAUAUGGAUGAGUUGUCCGCUAGGCCAAAAUCAUUGAGAAGCUCACUGCAUAAUGGGGCAGCACAAAUGGAGACACCCAAUAUGGUGUUAUCAGCCUUUAAUACCACCAUGACACCGGUGACCCAGGGCUUGACCGAUGUCUAUUUUCGCAUAAAGAAUAAAAUCAAGAAAAAGGAUGUGGACAACAAAUCUCCGGUGCCACUGAGCUGCCAAUUGAUCAAACAAAAUGCCAAUAGUCUGCUGGGUGGUGUAUAUCACAGUUCGGCUUUGAGUGCCCAUUUUGCCACCUACUAUUGGGGAGAAAUGGAAGAGGAACAAAAACGCAAUGGAGCCAAACAUUUGCUUAGCUCCAACAAUGCCCCUUUCCUAAGAAGACCUCAAAAUGAAACCAAUUACAUAGAUUUUAUGGCCAAGAACAAUGUGUCCUAUCCCCAGGCCUACAAGGUAAGGGAAAAAAGGAAUUUGGGGGAAAGUGAAUUGCUGGCCAAUGAUGAGGAAAGACAAAAAUUGGAAAAUCAAUUAAAUCCCAAGAAGAAGAGACGCUUGGUGGGACAGGAAUUGGUGCAAGAUCUAACACAAUUUAUGCAAAUGAAUAAACAAAAGUCCAUACAAUUGAAUGGCAGUGACUUUAGAUUCCUUGAGAAGCCCAUGGCUGCCAAUGAAGGGCAAGAAAAAGUGCAGCAUGCUUCCAAGGCCAUGGAAAUAUUAACCCAACCUUUAAAGACAAAGGCUAGUCAAAGGGGCACCGAAGAUGUGCAACAUCGUGGGUCGCCUACAGAAAUUCAUGGCAUUUUAAAAUCCCAUAUGACGGAGACUGGUGCUGUUGCUACACACGAAGAAGAAAAGAAUUUGCGUUUCCGCUUGCCCUCCACUGAGUUGAGCAAUUCUCUCAUGCAAAACAUUGCAGAAGAGGAAAACGAAGAAAUGGAUAUGGGAGAAGAAAAUGUCAGCGAAGAGCCAAUGGUGGAGAUUUAUUCUCGUUUGAAGGCCAAGAAAGCUAGUCGCUCCAUUUCGGUGGAUUCGAACAAGAGUUCUGUGAGUUCCAGCAAUGCCUCCGAGGAUAAUUUUUACUCACCUUUGUCUUCGCACAACAAUUCCAAGUUGGAUAAUUCGACUUUGAGCAAAUGUAGUUUCACUAGUGGUCCCAAGGCCCGAAGACCCAUUUCUAGACUUUCCGCAGAAAUGAAUCAAGAAUCAAAGGGAGAAUUCGCUAAGAGAUUGUCUGGGGAAAGAGAAAUAGCACGACCCAGAAGCAGAUUAUCUGCAAGAUUUGAGAACUAUGAGGAAGAGCAAAGCAAGGAAGUGUUAUCAACAGCAGCAGUUUGCCAUGCUAAGGAGGAUACAAAAGAGCCUUGCAAGGAUUAUGAGUCGUUGGAGAGUAGCAAGGAUGUGAGCAUUGCCCAAGAUUAUGUUACAGCCCCCAGUGCAAGCAACAUGGGCCUGACUAUUUCUGCUCGCAAGUCUUUGGCCAGUGUUUCCAAAACUAUGGAAACCACUGAAAAUGUCUCCCACAACCUGGCUUAUGUUACGGCUUUUGAUAAACUCAGCCAUUUAGCCACGAAGACUGAUAAUGCCACAUCUCAAACUUCCAGCGGGUUUGGAAGUAUUUCCGCCAGUAGCACAAUUACAAGUGGCAGUCAAUUUAUACCAAAGGUCUCCUCAUCAAAGGUGGGCUCCACCCCUGGCAAAGUGGGAACCACAGAAGAAGCAAAACCGACCACCUCUGGUCCGAAUAACAAAUUGUCACAGAGCAGCACAGUUUUUGAUUCUUAUGACUCCAAUGUCUUUGCCAUGCCAAGUAGGCCUGUCGAGGCUGAUGCACGACCGCUUGAAGAGAAAAAACCACCACAGUCCCCUGCCAAACUUGCCGAGUGUAGUACAGUUUUGGGUUCCUUUGAAUACACCAGUAGUUCAGUGGGUUCGCAAAACAUGUUUGCUAUGCCCAGUGCUUUGGCAUCACAUAAAAAUGAGGCCAUAACCAAACCCACUGAAGAGCAAAGAAAACAUAUGCUGGAUACCACCUUGGGUAUGAGCACUUAUGAUUUCUCGGUAUUGGAUGCAACUUCGGUGCAACAAACUAAAUCAUUGCUUAUGGUAACUGCCCAUGAUAAGGAAAUGUCAGAAAAAGCGGAGGUCAACAGCAAAAGUCCCUUGGCAGCUGCUGAGUCAAGUGGAAAAGAGAAACACAGUGAGGAAAAAGCAGAGAUAACAAAACAAGAGCCAAGAAAAGCCCAAGUCUCUGCCACCCAGACUGUUAAUGUCAAAGAUUUGGAGUUCUCUGAAAAGCCUAAGCCCGUAGAGCAACAACAAAUGGAGGGUGUGGGAGAGCAAAAGACAGAAGACAAACACAAUGAUUCUAAGGAGGAGGAGCAGCAGUCUGCAGAAGAUGGGGAAAAUAAACCCAAACGUGUUUGGGCUGAUCUCUUGUAUAGCUCCGAUGAGGAAGAUUGCAUUGUUCUAUCAUCUUCCUCCUCCUACAUAGAUGACAAUGAUUAUGGGCGACCCUUUGAGAUACGAGAAAUUGAUCGUGAAUGUGUUCAUGAAGGUGAACAUGGUGACAUAGCCAGUGAGAGAAGUUUCGAUACUGGAGAAUAUGAGGAUUAUGCUGAUGAUGAUAUGGGCGAUGAUUAUGAGUAUGGUGAUGAUGAUGAUGGUGACGACAACGAAACUGGCGAAGAGGAAGAAGGUGAUGAUGAUGGCAACGAUGAAGAGUCUAUGGAUCUCUAUGAUAACGAUAAUGGGUCCAAUCAAAAUUCCGAUAUUGUGGAAGUUAUCGAUGAUUCCUCUGCCGAUACCAGACAAACUGCAAAUUAUCCAGAAGAAAGUGCCAGUAAAGAUGUGAAACUGGUGGAGGAAUAUAGUUCCGGCAAUAGCAGGAAUGAAAAUUUAGAUGAACAUGUGGUGUCCAACACUCAUAACUCAGAUGCUACUCAGGCCACAAAUGAUAAAUCACUCAGGCCACAAAUGGAUAAAUCAAAUGAUAAGCCAAUAGUAGUAACCUCAGCAGAAGAAGAGCCCACAGAACAACCAUCAAUUUCGAAAACAAGUGCAAAAGUAGCUGCAAUUACCAAAGUAGAGGUUACCGAAGAGACAGCUGCACAAAUAAUAAGUGAAUCUCCAGAAAACCAGGCCCAGGAAACCAAAGUAGAUGCUAAAUCUGGAGAAUCUUCCAAGACAUCAUCAGUAGCUGCCAAGGAAACUGUGGAAGAACAUAAAAAAUUCCUACAAGAUGCUGAAACUGCCAAGAUUUCCGAUAGUGCGGAAGAAGAACAAAUUACCCUUAGAAUUGAGGAGGGUGACUCAAUGGAUGUAGCAGAGGCUCUGGAAAUUGUAGACUCCCAGAAACCAGAAGAAGUUACACUAAAUGAGCAAACCAUGGGCAAAGGAAAACGCACACGAAAAGCCUCAACUUCUAAGGCUUUGGAUUCUUCAUCUACAGCUGCAGCUGCUAUAACUUCCUCUCGCCGCAAUGCCAGAGGAAUUUCAGUGCCUCCCCUGGAUUUACAAUCAACCCCUGUUGCUUCUCCUCGCCGAUCUACCAGAGGAAUUUCAGUCCCUCCCGAAGAUGUAGUAAUAGAACCCAAACCAGCUACUACAUCUCGGCGAAGUAUAAGAGCAACAUCUGUUACACCAGCUGAUUUGGAAGCCAGCACAAAUAAAUCAUCCGAAAUUUCCUCUUCUUCACGCCGCAAUGCAAGAGGCUCUUCAGUACCCCCGCAGGCGAUGGAGGCCGCGGAGUUGGUGGUCUCAUCGCCACGCCUAAGAAGUACCCGAGGUAUUUCAGUGCCACCACAAAGUGUAGGCGAUGCGGAGCCAAGUCCCAGCACACCUCUCCGCCGUCGCGGUGUGAGAGCCACUUCUUUGCAGCCAAAAUAUAAAAUUGAUGAGGAGGUGGUGGUGGGUGGAGAACACGAAGAUACACCAACCACCAACAAGAAGGGAAAAAUGCUAGAUUCGGCAAACAGUGAUACCCGCUCCACCCGGGGAUCAUCUGUUCCUCCAGGAAAAGUCAGCACGCGUCGACGUUCCAUCAUGUUGGAUGCCAUAAAUGAAGAUUCCACUACCAUAGCUGAUUCACCGGCUGCUCACACACGUCUUAGGAGCCGCUUACAUUCAAAUGACAGUGAAUUGGAAACAUCCCUUGUUCAUGAGCAACCUGCAGCACUUAAACGCUCUCGCAGGACCUCCUUAUCCGGCAAUACAGCCGAAUUGCCGCUAACACCGAAAUUAGGAAGACGCAACAGCACAAGUUCACAGCCUGAGACCAAUGUGGCAACACCUACGAGAAGCCUCAGGGGACGUAGUAUUUUGUCAGUAGCCGAAGAGGAAAUUGAAUCUAAGCCGGAAACCAGUGUUGGAACCCCACGUGCCCUUAGGGGGCGUAGUAUUCUAUCUGUGCCAGAAGAAGAAGGCGAAAGUAUUCCUCCCUCUCCGAAACCAGCUGAAAAUAAACGGAAAAUAGCUGCAAAACGCAAAGUCAGCGCAGAAGACCACCCCGAGGAGGAGAAAAAAGAGGCGAAGCAUAAAGGCGAAGAUGCUGAAGCAAGUUCAAGUAAAAAGCAUGGUUCUCCUCAAUCUACCGAGAGUUCAGAUUCGACCUAUUCUUCUUCUCGUCGUCUUACGCGCACUCAAUUGGCCAUUAUGGAAAAAUCGAGUGGCCUAACACAAUCAGCUAAUGUGGAUAGUCUAAGCAAGGAUGAUUCGCCGAACAAUAAUAAACGUUCCCGAGCAAGGCCACGUUCUGCUGCAACCAAUACCUCUCAUGACAGUGAUGAUGCUGAAUCGGUUUCUUCGAAACGUAGCACUGCUUCCAGCGCCACUGCAGCUAAGCGAAGAAUCACAAGAAAAUCUGUCAAAGAUAAGGAAGAGCGUGAGGAUGAUCGUGCCAGUGUAGCCAGCUCUUUGGGCAGUGAGAAGAAUACCAGAUCCCGCCGUUCCAAGGAUAAGGGUUCCCCAAAUUCUGUUUUAUCAGCAAUACCUGAGGAUGCUCCGGUUGAAUCUAGAAAACGCGGUCGUCCCUCAGCGAAACAAUAAUUUAGUACUCAAAAAAAUUUUUUUGCAUGUGUUUUUCAUUAUUUUAACAUCAGAACUUCUGGUGAUUUCAAAAUUGUUUUUACUGUUUAGAAGUUUAUUAUUUACGAAAAAUCAUUCCCCAACAAAAGGGUCAAUAAAUUUGAAGUCAUAACAAAUAAAA